AUGAUUCAACAGAAGUAUGUAAAUGAUUCCACUGAAUGUAAUGAUUCAACAGAGUAUGUAAAUGAUGCCACUGAAUGUAUUGAUUCAACAGAGUAUGUAAAUGAUUCCACUGAAUGUAAUGAUUCAACAGAGUAUAUAAAUGAUUCCACUAAAUGUAAUGAUUCAACAGAGUAUAUAAAUGAUUCCACUAAAUGCAAUGAUUCAACAGAGUAUAUAAAUGAUUCCACUAAAUGUAAUGAUUCAACAGAGUAUAUAAAUGAUUCCACUAAAUGUAAUGAUUCAACAGAGUAUGUAAAUGAUGCCACUGAAUGUAAUGAUUCAACAGAGUAUGUAAAUGAUUCCACUAAAUAUAAUGAUUCAACAGAGUAUGUAAAUGAUUCCACUGAAUGUAAUGAUUCAACAGAGUAUGUAAAUGAUUCCACUGAAUGUAUUGAUUCAACAGAGUAUAUAAAUGAUUCCACUAAAUGUAAUGAUUCAACAGAGUAUAUAAAUGAUUCCACUAAAUGUAAUGAUUCAACAGAGUAUAUAAAUGAUUCCACUAAAUGUAAUGAUUCAACAGAGUAUAUAAAUGAUUCCACUAAAUGUAAUGAUUCAACAGAGUAUAUAAAUGAUUCCACUAAAUGUAAUGAUUCAACAGAGUAUAUAAAUGAUUCCACUAAAUGUAAUGAUUCAACAGAGUAUGUAAAUGAUUCCACUAAAUGUAAUGAUUCAACAGAGUAUAUAAAUGAUUCCACUAAAUGUAAUGAUUCAACAGAGUAUAUAAAUGAUUCCACUAAAUGUAAUGAUUCAACAGAGUAUAUAAAUGAUUCCACUAAAUGUAAUGAUUCAACAGAGUAUGUAAAUGAUGCCACUAAAUGUAAUGAUUCAACAGAGUAUGUAAAUGAUGCCACUAAAUGUAAUGAUUCAACAGAGUAUGUAAAUGAUGCCACUAAAUGUAAUGAUUCAACAGAGUAUGUAAAUGAUGCCACUGAAUUUAAUAAUUUCCAUGAACGUAAUAAUCCCACUUUUUAA